GGUAUUAAAGGAUUGAACAGAUUCUGAUUGUUGCUGAACCAACUUACAUGCAUAAUAUAACUUGGUGUCAGAAAUAACUGAUUAAUUUCAUUCCAUUCAGGACUAUAAGUUGGAAUUAAUUUUAAAAAAAAUGGAUUUAACAGGGGUUCCAACACCCAGAAUGGACUGGGACAGUACUAAUCUGUUGGAGAGUUACAAAAACAUUUAGGCAACAUGAUAUUCUUGUUGGACCACACAAAAUUCCAAUUAAAUGAAGUUGGAUACAGGGUCACAGAAAAAGCAGUUGCAAGCACUAAAGGCAGUGAAGCCAGAGAGAGAACCAGUCAAAGAAAAGCCUGUCAAAAGACCCUCGGAGUCUGCUGAAGAUGCAAAAGAACAGGCUAAAAAACUUGUCAAGUCAGGGGCUAUAAAACUGAGUGAUAAGAAAGAGAAACAGGGCUUUAAGAGAUCACGUAACUUGGAGAAGAAACUGCAAGACCCAGAGAAAACGCCGGCAACACCUGCUACUGUGGGUUUCCAGCCAUUUGCUGCAUCACAUCCAGAUGAUGAAGAGAGAAGUGAAAGAGAAGAUAGGAGACCAAGGCAGCCAAGAAUAAGAGGAUUGUAUGACAACUUCGUGCGCAGUGAAAGACCUGAACGUGCAGACAGCAGAAGUGUUGAAAGAGAAGACAGGAGAGAAGAGAGAGAUAGAAGAGAAAGACCUGACAGAGAACCUCUCCCUAAAAAAGGUAAUACUGUGUAUGUUCAUGGUCAUGGUGUAAAUGAGGAACUGUUGAGGAAGGCCUUCCAUAACUUUGGUAACAUUGUGAAUAUAUCAAUGGAGAAGGAGAGAAAUUGUGGGUUUGUGACUUUUGACAAAAUGGACUCAGCAGACAUGGCUAUUCAAGAGGUAGAUGGUGCUAUGAUAGACAGUGUGCAGUUAAGAGUGUCUAUGGCAAGACGACAGCCGUCCUUUGAUAGUUCCAGUCAGGAUCCAUCCAGCACGUCAUGGGCAUCUCUAGCCAGUAAUAACUCUCAGAAGGGAUCACACAAAGACAAAAGAGAUGUUGUUGCAUAUGAAGAUGAUAUGUUCUGAGGUACAUAAACUGAUCAAUCAUUUUUAAGCAUAUAUGUCAUGACACUGUCAAAAAUAUGUCAAUCCAUUGAAAGUAAUGGACUCUAAGGUUUCAUAUAAAUGGGAAAAGAGGAUCCUAAUGUGCAAAAUGUUUGUUCAUUUUGAGACAGUUGUAUACACAUAUAUGCUAGAUGGUCACUUUCUUCCUCAAUAAGUAAAAGCAGGAAAAUCAACGUGUGACUUAGUUUGUGAUGGUAGAACUCGGAAGCUAACAGAAUUAAUGGAGAAAAACAAAUCAUCUUCUUCGAUGCAGCUGUGUUAUAAAUGAGGUUGGAGGAUUGAUAGGAGGUGGGCGAGUUUUAAGGAAGGGGACAGUAAGAAAAAAACUGUAUUUCUUUUAUGUUCAGCGAAGUUGUACUUCGUGCCUAAUUGUAUUGUUGAAUUUUGUAGCUAUUCUAACAGAAAAAUGAAUUUUCUUUUUCAUCUUUUAGUUAAAAAUAUUAUUUUUAUGCACCUAUAGCGCUUAGAGUUGCCCUUGUCUGUUCUUCCGAAUUUUGUGUAAUACAUAUCUCAAUAAGUAUUUGACCUAGUGUCAUCAAACUUUACAGGAAUGGUAUUUAGCAUGUGAAGUUGUAAACCUGGUGUUUUUUAAGUGGAAUUCCAAAAUUAUAGUCUCUAAUAUCAGG